AUGAACCACGUCUCUUUUUUCUUCAGCGACCUAUUUGUUCUUCUGAGUGCUGACUCAAGACUAUCUCCUUCAAUUGUUCAGUCUGUCAAGAAGCAAAAGAUCAUUGCCACGUCGACUCCCUCGAGAUGGAACACCCUAGAGUUUAAGUUUUAUUAUCUUGUUGUUGUUGUAGCGGUGUCUUAUAUGUUUGCAACUGCGAUAAAAAUAUCCAGAGCAGACAAUCAGAACUACAUUUACUAUCAAAAUUUGCUAUCUGAUGGUUGGAUAUUUGGAAGAAAAGUGGACAAUUCCGAUUCUCAAUACAGAUUUUUCAGAGACAACUUUUGGCUUUUGUCUAUUUUAGCAGUAUCUCAUCUAUGUUUAAGAAUAGUUUUUCAGUUUUUUAUAUCGACUAGGAGAAAUCUCUAUGAUUUAGUAUUUGGUUCUCUAGUUAUGAUUGCACUUUAUGGCUGCAACUUUUUGAAAAUUUUUGUUCAUUUAUUAAUCAAUUACUUCAUUGGUAGACUGUUCAUUUAUCUUGAUAAUAAGAAUGACAGCAAUAAAAUUUUCAAUUCAACUUUUACCUAUAAAAGUGUCGGCAUAUUAAUAUUGUGGAUUUAUGGCAUUUCGACUUUAUUUGUGAAUGAUAAAUUUAGAUCAGUUCGAUUUGGGUCAAUGUUAUCCUUUUUAUCUCCACUUGAUUCCUUCAAAGGUAUUAUUGAAAGAUGGGAUGUAUUCUUUAAUUUCGUUUUAUUAAAAAUGUUAAGUUUUAAUUUAGACUAUUAUAAUAGAAUGACUGAAAUAAAUAAUAAUCUAAAAUUAAAUACAAGUAAAAUCGAUAAAUCUAGAAUUGAAAUUGAAAAUCCCGAAUUAUUAACAAAUGAAAGGUUAAGAACAAAUGCUCCAUUGGACUUGUCUCAAUAUAGCUUUUCAAAUUAUUUGUCAUAUGUUCUUUAUACCCCAUUGUUUAUUGCUGGCCCAAUUAUAACCUUUAACGAUUUUACUUAUCAGUCAUUUCAUAGAUUACCAACUUUGAAUUUGAAGUUUGUUAUCAGAUAUGCAAUAAGAUUUGUCUUUUGUAUAUUAACAAUGGAGCUUAUUCUUCAUUACAUUUACGUUGUUGCCAUUGCUAAAAGAAAAGCCUGGAUUAAUGAUACGCCCUUUGAGAUCUCAAUGAUUGGAUUUUUCAAUUUAAAUAUCAUUUGGUUAAAAUUGUUAAUGCCCUGGAGAUUUUUCCGUCUUUGGGCUUUAUUAGAUGGCAUUGAUCCUCCAGAAAACAUGUUAAGAUGUGUUUGUAAUAACUACUCUGCUCUAGCAUUUUGGAGAGCAUGGCACAGAUCCUUUAAUAAAUGGAUUUUAAGGUACAUUUAUAUUCCUUUAGGUGGAUCAAAAUCCAGAAUUUUAACAUCUUUAGCGGUUUUCACAUUUGUUGCAAUUUGGCAUGAUAUUCAACUAAGGUUAUUAUUUUGGGGUUGGAUGAUUGUAUUAUUCUUAAUUCCUGAAAUACUGUGCAAUGUUUAUUUAAAACCAUUAAUUCAAAAUCAUCGUUGGUAUAGAUUUAUUUGUGGGAUUGGUGCAGUAGUGAAUAUAUGGUUGAUGAUGAUAGCCAAUUUAUUUGGAUUUUGUUUGGGUAAUGAAGGAACCAAAAAAUUGUUGAGUGAUAUGUUCACCUCAAUAUAUGGUGUUCAGUUUACGAUAAUCUCGACAAUAUGCUUAUUUAUUGCAGUUCAAGUAAUGUUUGAGUUGAGAGAGCACGAAAAAAGACAUGGGGUCGAUGUUAAAUGUUGA